AGCAAGAGCAAUUGGUCCAGUAACUGCUUGUUGAAUUGCCUCUGUGCAGGCCUGGCGCAAGCGUUGGUUUGUCCUCCGGCGAGGCCGCAUGAAUGGCAACCCUGACGUCUUGGAGUACUACAGGAACAAGCACUCGAGCAAGCCCAUCCGUGUGAUAGACCUCAGCGAGUGUGCAGUGUGGAAGCAUGUGGGCCCCUGCUUCAUUCGGAAGGAAUUUCAGAAUAAUUUUGUGUUUAUUGUUAAGACUUCUUCCCGUACAUUCUAUCUGGUGGCCAAGACCGAGGAAGAAAUGCAGGUGUGGGUUCACAGUAUCAGUCAAGUCUGCAACCUUGGCCACCUGGAGGACAGUGCAGCAGAUUCCAUCGAGAGCCUCUCUCAUACGCCCUCCUCCCUUCAGCCAUUCCCUGCCAGCUCUCUCUUGCCAAGAGAUGACCCACAUACUAAUAUUAUAGCCACUGAGGAAACCAGAAGUGAGUCAGAGUUGCUCUUCCUGCCUGAUUACCUGGUCCUGUCCAACUGUGAGACUGGAAGACUACACCAUGCCAGUCUACCCACCAGAUGUGAUAGCUGGUCAAACUCAGACCGUUCAUUGGAACAGACUUCAUUCGAUGAUGUUUUCAUUGACUGCCCACAGCCACUACUACAUAAUCACUUGGCCCACUCCUCACACCAUGGGAAUGGAUCUCAGGAGGCACCUUCCAUGAGGCCUCAGACUGCCCUGAUCUGGAACAGAGAAAUCAAUGGGCCGUCCAGGGACCACUUGUCUUCUUCGCCACCACUGGUAGCUUCCUUAAACACGACCAUGCAGGUAGAUAAAAACCAUGGUUCCUUGCGUUGUGGGGCAAAAGAACUAGAUAUUCUGUCCAACAUGCCACCUCCCCGUCCCCCUAAGCCAAGCCAUCUCUCAGAACAACGUCAAGAGGAGCAGCUUCCAUGGAGUGGGCACAGCAGCAGCAAGAACCUGGAAGGCACUCUGGUGCCAAGAAGAAUCUCUCUCUCUGGUUUAGACAACAUGAGAGCCUGGAAAGCUGAUAUAGAAGGCCAGUCCUUAAGACACCGAGACAAGCGGCUUAGUUUAAAUUUGCCGUGUAGGGUCUCCCCAAUGAGCUUUACAGCUUCUGCCAGUGUAGAAGACAGCUAUGUACCCAUGAGCCCCCAGGCCACUGCCUCUAGCCUUGGAGUGCACUUCAGCCCUGAUGACUACAUCCCAAUGAGCUCAGGAAGUCUUUCAAGCCCACUACCUGAGCUACCUGCAGACCUGGAGCCUCCCCCAGUAAACAGAGAUCUCAAGCCUCAGAGGAAAGCACGCCCACCUCCACUAGAUCUGAGAAACCUCUCCACCAUUCGGGAACACACAUCAUUAUCAAGGACCCACACUGUGCCUUGCAGUCGAACCAGCUUUUUCUCUCCAGAAAGAAAUGGUAUUAAUUCUGUGAGGUUUUUUGCCAGUCCUGUUUCCAGGGAAGAGGAAGAAAGCUACAUCCAAAUGGAGGAACAUCGAACAGCCAACUCCAUAAGUAGUGGUGCUUUUACGUGGACCAAGAAAUUCAGCCUGGAUUAUCUGGCCCUAGACUUCAAUUCGCCAUCACCAGUCCCUGUGCAGCAGAAACCUCUCCUUUCAGAAGAACAAAGAGUAGACUAUGUCCAAGUGGAUGAGCAGAAGACACAAGCUCUCCAGAAUACAAAACAGGAGUGGACGGAUGAGAGGCAAUCCAAAGUGUGAGAGCUUGGGCUGUGUGUGAAACAGGGAAGCUGGGCACUCAGUUUCAGGUCCUCCCAGAAUGAAGGUCUCAGUUUGGCACAGAGUUCUAUUUAGUGUCCCUUCUUAAUCCAUCUGAGCACCCACAAUCAGAAGAUAUAUCUGUACAACCUGAAACUAAGCAGAUACUGGCCCACCUUUCCAGCUGGCACUAUUGUCUUACAGAUGAAGAUGAAUCAAAUAAGCAGGCAGGUCUAUGAUAGUCACUGUAGUCAAGGUGGUUAUAGGUUUUGCUACAGGAUUUCAGGAUUUCAAACCACCCAAUGAUACAAAAUGCCAAAGUCUUAAGUUUUUCAGACAAUACAAGAAGUAAUUUUAAUUUUCAAAGCAGCAGGCUCUGGUGACACCAUUUCCUUCCUGGGAGAAAAUUGACAAGCACCUUUACUGAGUUCAGAAUUCUUAGUGAACCUGGACAGAGCAAGGAGAGGGCUCCUGUCUCCUGGUAAUCCAUGGCCAGCUCCAUGUUAACAAUACCCAGCUCAGAACCUGUGAUGAGCUGCCUUCUUCCCCACUUCUCCAUGUGACUUCCAAAGAGUCAUGAAGUGUCAGGCAGACCAAGGAUGCAGACUACCAGUUCCCAUAGACAAUAUCUUCCCUAUGUAUGAGGCACUUGUAUUUGGAUCGCUUAUUAUCUGAUAAAGGCUGGUGCAUAAAAAUUGUAGCCCCAAAUAUUGAGAACCACGUUGGAUUGAAGACAUAAGAAGAAGUAAAGCUGAAAUGAUGUCAGUAGUGAAGUAUCAUUCAAUUAGGCAGAAAAAGAAAUGUUUCUACAGAACUUUCCAGUAAUGUCUUUACAUCAUGAAGCCAUGAAUAUGACAAGUCUGACCUAUUUGGAAGUGAUUAAAUUCUUUCUGUGUUAAAGAUAUGGAAGAUAAUAAGAGUUAGAAUUUUAAUUUUUUUUCAAUAUUUGAAAAUAUGACUUUACCUCUUCACUUCCAGGGUUUAUGUGAUUGUGUCCUGCUUUGAUAAAACUACUAAAGGAUGGCUAUGUAACAGCAUAAUGAUCUAAAGAGACAAAGUACAGGUGGUUUUUGAGCUGACAGUAACAUAUGCCCAUGAGAAAGUCACAAGUCAAGACGAUGCCAGCCAAAUCUCAUUUUCUGGCAGAGACAAUCAAUGUGUAUGUAAGAGAGGGCUAUGUUUCUAGCCAAUGGCCUGACGUUUGUUACCCCAGAGACCAUUCUGAGCCAAACAUACAUGGCAUGUCUGUACACUGUGGACACCUUCUUAAAAGAUUUGUAAACCGAUGUAACAGGUUGAUUCAGAAAUUAACUCCACAUUAUUUUUCUGUAGUUCUGUUUUUAUGUUUUGUUAGGAAAUUUCUCCAGAUCAGAACUGGGGGCGGGGGGUGACUGAAGGGUUUCAGGCCUGCAAAUCUAGAAGGCCAUAAACUUAGGAAUGCUGAGACUUAAGCUUUCCUUGGAGAGAAAGGUGUCCUGAGGUCCAGCACACAGCCUGGAUGUAAAGUCAUGAAGUGGUCCAGUGGGGGUUGCUGUAUAGGCUACUUCACUGUAGAACAAGAAGCAGCUGAAUAAUGACUUUUAGGUCCUAUCAAGACUGAAGGCUCCUCUCAGGCCUACCUUUUUCCUCUAUGAUCUUCUUAGUCCCUAUUCAUAUUGUAUAUAUAUCCACAAUCACACUGAUAUUUCAAAUUUUUUAUUUUUACUGUUUCAUUUUUUGGAAUUAAUAAAAGUCUUAUAAGAAGGAA